UGCGCGCUGUUCAAGCAGACAAGGUCAGGCCUAUUUGCUGACGUUUUCUUGCUCAUUGGUGGUAGUGUCUUGUCUUUAAUGUCUGAAGUAUUUUGAUUUUUCUAGUUCCUACACUUUCUGUCUGUUGUAAAUAACAAAAGACUAGUGCCGUGGUGAACACAGGACCUCUACAAAUCUGAUGCAAUUUGUCUCACAUGUGAAUAGGGACAAGUCUGUUCUUGUUCAAUAUCGGCUUUUGUUGUGCUAUGCACCAUAAAAUCAUACGGGUAAACUUCUACUCUGAUUGUGUUCAGAUUAGUUCUCGAUGAGUCUUAGAGAAAAAUCGUGCAUUGACCAACUUAAAUUGCGCUAUUUAGCUGAUGUUGUCUAAUUACAUCUCUAAUUUGUCUGCUUCGAGUUGCCCCAGAUAUUUUUAUUCGGGGUUUGUUUUGUGGCGUUGUUGUUAUUUACUCCUCUGCAGUUUUUACAAAACUCCGCCUCUAUAGAGUAUACUGGCACUGACUUCCAGCGCAUUGCAGGAAGUUUAGGGCAGACAGCAGGUAACUGUCCGCAAUACACCCGAUGUUGCCUCGAAAUUUCUGCACUAUGCCAGAAAAAAAUGCUGAAUGGGGUGUCUUAUAUUUUUAGGUGCUAUCCUCUCAUGUUUUAAGUCAUAUUUAACUUCUGUAGUUACGAAUUUAUCUUGGGAAAUAUUUCAGUUAGAAAACUGUUGUGAGAGACUAAUGUGUCAGCUUACAGUUCAAAAAGGCAUGUAUGUAGUAACCGUAACUUGUGGUUGCUGAAUAAUUGCACCAGCAUAACUCCUACAGCCUACAAGCAUUGCUGGUAACCCCUCGCACACUAGUUGUGUUAUUAUGGCGGCAGCUAUACAGCAUACCGUUUAUAAGUAGAUAUUGCUAUACUCAACUAGGCAUUGAAUCUUCUGUACUGCAGACACCCUUUCCCAUAGGAGAGCAACACUGCUCGGAUACCAGUGACGCAGUUAAGGCCAUUGAUAAGACACUACGCAUACUUGAUGCGUCAUUGUCGGUAAGUGAAGGUCAUUCGUCGUAGAGUAACAUCAACGGUGACUCAAACACUGACGUUAUUCUUUCUGUCUCCGAUAAGCGUUUAGGUAUCUAUAACGACACGGUGCCGGGAGGCUGUAACACCAACUCACCUAUUUCUGCCUCAAUGAAAGAGCGUAGUAAUAGUCGUAAAACCACAGUAGAGGGUGCCGCUGAACAGGUAUAUUUAACCUUUCCUACGACGCAAGUGGAUGAGUAAUCACAGUUAGGUGACAAAAGGGUGUCAGUGAAAUAUUGCUUUGUAGUCACUCGCAAAAAGCGAGUCGCUGUAAGGGAAUACUGUCCAUGAAGAACGGGAAGACACUAUUACCCCAUAGCAAUAAAGUCAGUUUAAGCUAAAUGAUCUCUCUGACCCGUCGCUCAUCCUCCAUAAAGUGGAAAAAUCUAUGGCUUCAGACCCCAAAGCUAUGUUUGAACAAGACUUCAACCUAGUCAAACCAUUCUUAGCUGAGCUAUUCCCAACAACGGUAACUGGCAUGACCAUGCAUAGCUUAUAAAGGAUGGAUCAAAGGUUUGACUGUACGGCAGAUUGGUCGGUGCGUCUUCGCUAAGUUGUUCUGAAUUAAAAAGCUUAUUAAAAAUGGAUUGGGAUAGGCUUCAUGUCUUUGUAUUCUCAGUCAGUGAAUCUGAAUCUGCAUAAAUGCCUCUGAUCCGAACAAAUCAUAUUUGUCAAUUUGACACAAGGUUAGAGACCGUCUCCUUGAUAUAAAACAGCAAGCAUAAAUCAUACAAGUGUGGGAAACAUCACCUUACGAAUUCCUGUGUAUCUGUAUAGAUAUACAUACCAUAUAAAACGUGAGUAGGCUCACUUUCGGUUCUAAUCAGUGCCCCUCUUCUAUGCGUAUUUGGAUGUUAAUGAUUUUAAACUUAGAAGCCAAGUAAACGUUUUGGCCAUUUCAUAUCUUUACUUCCAUCUGUGAAGAUACCUAAUUCUGUAUGCUAGAUAUGAUGUUGAGUGAUAUAAAGUUGCUUGCAAUGAAAAAAAAUGGUAAAAAGAGGUGGGUUUGUCAUAUAUAUAUAUAUCUGUAUGUCUAAAAGAACUUCCUGCUAACUGUCUGUAGUAUCCGUUUGUUAAGAUACCUUACGAGACUACUCAGUGCUUCAAAUUAUGAAGCAAUAUUGUAUUUCCAAGUUUCAUUUUCUUCCACUAGGUAGUCUGUGGUUUAGCAGUUGUUUCAUUGGAUAGACAUGAACUCUCGUUUCAAGAGCGUGAAAAUUGUGAAUAGUAUCAUUCAUAUUAAAAAUUCACAAACUUUUUCCCGAAAUGUGACUGAAGUACCCGUGAUACUACUAUGUGGAUUGAAGGAAAUUGACUACGAUUUAUGAAGUUGCUUACUCACUGUAAUGUUACUCAACAACCGACUGCAGUUCCAUGCAGCUAGUAUUGAGCCACAUAUUGUGUGGGCGCUGGUGAUACUACAUGAUAACCCAAACAUCUUCAGGUGAGCGUAGUUUGAACAUGUUACGUACUGAUUGGAAGUCGAGUGCUUAGAUCAUUAAGCUGUAGUUUUCGUAGUAGGGAGUAUUUAAAAUCCGUCCGUUGAGUACUUUGUGACCCCCGGUCUUAUUUUAUACUUUCAACGUAAAAAACUGAGAAACCAUGAGUAUGAUAUCACAGUUUUCCAUUGUCUUUCAACCUCUGUGCAAAUUUUACCAGAUAGUAUUGUUCAACAGUACUAAGCUGUAUUUGAUUCUUUGAACUAGAUAACAUGGCUCUCCAGAAUUUUUUUUGUGUUGAUUAUUGCUGGGUGAUUUCCUGCAAGACAAAUCAAUACAUACUUUUCUGAAUCUUUACUUCUGUUGACAAAUUUCUUUCCAAUUCUGAGAACAAUCUUAGUCCUAAAUUGUAGUCUAAAUUUCUUUAUUACCCAUGCGAAUACCAUGUAUUAAAAUGCAACUGAAUAAUCUACCCAAAAGAACAAUCUCACAAAACGGUAUCAAUUAUUACUGCCGGAUUGUUUAUAGAGAAGCUAAACCACACAGAGAUAAGAAAUCUAGGGAGAAGUCUCAGGAUAAUUUAUCGCGAUAUUUAAAAGAAAAUAAAUCUGAGCGUUCGGGAAUUAAUUGAUUUUUUUGUGUGGCCAUAUUUAGAUACUCGCUGAGGUGCCAAGCCAGUAUCUUCUGGGCAGCUGAUAACAACUUCUAUCUUCCAAUAGAACACAAACUGCACACUUAUCUAGAAUAUAACGGUAGAUGUGGAUUAUUACUAUUAUUGGAUAUAACAUACUAAUAUUCAUAUUAUGGAUAUGUUUUAUUGUUAUCGCUGGCCGCAAAACAAUCAAAGUGAAGCAUCCAGUUCUCGUUGUUGUUGCACAUCCAGAUGACGAAUCUAUGUUUUUUGCACCCACUAUACUCAAACUGAUAUAUACAGGAUACCAUGUCGAUUUGUUGUGCGUCACAACUGGAAACUACGAUGGACUUGGUGACGUCAGAAAGCUUGAAAUGAACAGUGCUGCAAGAAAAUUGGGAAUACGACGUUUAUCAAUCAUUGAUUCAGAAGGACUUAAAGAUGGACCUGCUUCAUCGUGGUCAGAAAAAGAACUCACUGACAUCAUUUCCAAAACAUGCUGCGAGUUCAGGUCUCAGUCGGUCAUAAGCUUCGACAAAUUAGGUGCAGUUUCAAAGUGUCCCAAUAACUACUUACACGAUGAUGAGACCAUGGUUUAA